UCAGGGCCUUGGUGCUUUAUCCAAUACAAGAAUAGCGGAUUUCCCACAAACCUAAAUUCACUCAGGGUACUAAAUGAGUAUUGUACCUGUUUCACCCCAGCAGUCAAAUUAAAAUUUGCUAGCUAGUGCACCUGAUAAACUCCGUAUUUCGGAGAUCUCACUUGGCACUUCAACGAUGAGCAUUUCAUCAAACUAUAUAUUUGAGGUUACGAGCGACCCAGCCGCCAUCAAGCAAAGCUUUAUCAACAAUUCCGAAUCAUUCAAUCUGCCUAACAGAAACCUGGCUUCUGUCACCGACUAUGUGAAUGGUGAGCUUGCGAUAAACGACAGUGACAUCUGCCAGAGACGUUCCCCAACUAUUUCAAUUCAAGGCCAGGUAUUUUACGUGGUUAGAGAUACCUCUAUUACCCUCGCAGAAGGUGAUUUCACCUCUGAUAUUGUGGCUUCCUGUUGCACAUUGACCCGUGACGGCUAUGUGAAGUCCCCCACAUUUGGGCUCAAAAACAUUCCAGUUUCUUGCUAUGCGUUUGUGUAUACCAAGCCUGACCAGCGUAGAAAGGGAGUAGCUGCUUUUAUGUUAAACGAGGUGAACAGGCAUAUGGAGAGGGAAAUCCCUGAUGGAAUUUCAGUUUUGUACUCUGAUGUCGGUGAGUACUACAGCCGGUUUGGGUUUGAGUCCAGACAUGUACCUCUUGCUCUUUUACUGGUGGCUGCUAUUCUUCAGACGCCAUCCGUUGAGGGCGGAAAAAUAAUCACUCAUAUGCAAGGACAGUUUAAGGACUUGUUCAUUUUGGACGACCGGAUAUUGGUGGAACGGUUAAACUCUUCCCUGACCGAAGCACCUUACAAGAUUAGUGUAUCACUCAAACCUGAUAGCGCAAUCCAAGAGUUGUUUGCUUCCCGGAGUACCUGGAAGUACUCCAAGUCAAAGUCCAUUAAUCAAGCACUGGAGGAUUUGAUUUUUGGAAUCUCGGUUACCGAUGAAGCCACUGGGCAAGUAUUGGGGUUUGUCACCUUUUCUCACUAUUGGAAUGCGAAAGUCAUGAGCGUUACCAGGUUGUUUAUUUCUCCAAGUGCAGAAAAAGCUGGCACAGCCAAGACAAUUUUCGUUCAGCUUGUGCAAAAUUUGGCGGUUUUGGCCGAGAAAUUAGAGUUUGAUACCAUCAAGUUAUGGCAUUCGGAAAUCGACGAGACUAAACACAAGGCUAUUUGGGAUUGGAUUGAUGAGUUGCCAAACAGUGACAUUAACCUUGCUAAUACUUCGCUUUCGGCCAUUAACUUUCACUCAGGGUUUAAGGCGAAGUAUGAUGUAGAAGGGCCUGAUGUUAAGUGGGAGAUGAAUGGUAAGUGGUGCUGGUACUGAUUGAUAUCUACAGCCUGCUUGUUUUAUAUACGGUGCGUGUAUCGGCUAUUGAUAGUGAACCACUAUAGAUUGUAUUGUUCGAGGAAGCCCUACCAAUCACUAUGGUAAAGCAUAAUAAAAAAAAAACAAAAAAAAACAGGGUUUAUCAAAGGUGCAUCCGUUUCCAAAAGAAUGCAAAAAUGCUAUUAUUGGGCUUCAGGGAUGGAUGCGGACUCACCGAUUCCUCAUGCAAGUCAAUAACGGCUUUUCCAUUACUCGGAGACUAUAGAUAAGAAAUAAACCGAACAUCCACGCAAGUUUUCUCCCACCAGCGGACUCUUUUC